GAAUAUCAAUAGGUCUUCAAGUUUGAUUAUAUGUCCACCACUAGUUUUUGGCAUGUAACGUGUUGUUUAGCUCCUAUAAUUAUUUCUUUCGAUUUAGAGUACAUGUCCUGUGUAUUUGUAUGAGCAUUAUCAACAGCAACUAGUGUAUGCAAUACACUAUCUACCUCCAUCGAACUUUGUCCAGGAUCCUUUUUCAAUAUUAAUUUUGUCUUCCAUAGAAUUUCUAGCUCAUUCAACAUCCCCCUUCUUGCUUAAAUAUUAGAGUCUACAGAAACGCAUGACCCCAAACAUUUUUUGGUUCAAGACCCUGGAUGCAACAAGAGCUUUUUUGAUGCAACUUUUGCCAUUUCAACAUAUUUGUGAACUCUGCAAGUAGAAAAUACUGCAAUCCAGAUUAAAUAAUAUCUGGCUCUAAGGGCAUACAUCUAUUUACAAGUCUCGUCCAAUCAACCAGCUCUCUAAAUUAUCCUAUUCCUCAUCAAACCACUAAACGAAGUAUUGCAAGACCCUGCAUUCCUCCAACAUUUUCUCAAACAACACCAAUGCCUUACUUACCCGCCCAAUUUAACAACACCCAAGUAUCAAAACGUUCCGUACACACGCAUUUUGAACUUUGUUUCUUUCAGGAUUUUCAACAAACAAUUGCAAUGCAAAGUCUGUUGACCCAAUCUGCACACAUAUUUCAACCAAACAAACCCUCACAAAUAUAUAUGUAACGCUCUUCUUAGCCAGGUUCACAAUCUCAAACUUCUGUUUCGGAGAUUCAUCCUUUCAGGUGGGAGUUCUUCUGUGUACUGGUAUGAACAGCGCUUACGCGCUAGGAUAUGCUGGUGCAGUCAUGGUACCUUUGGGAUGGAUUGGAGGUGUGAUUGGUCUGAUGUUAGCAGCAGUGAUAUCAUUAUAUGCUAAUGCUCUGAUUGCCAAGAUCCAUGAAUAUGGGGGAAAGAGGCAUAUCAGAUAUAGAGACCUUGCAGGAUUCAUGUAUGGUCGGAUAGCUUUUGUAGUUGUCUGGGGAUUACAGUAUGCAAAUCUUUUCUUGAUAAAUAUUGGAUUUAUCAUUUUGGGUGGACAGUCGUUAAAGGCUUUCUAUGUUCUCUUUAGAGAUGAUGAUGGGAUGAAGUUGCCCUACUUCACAGCAAUCGCUGGAUUGGGAUGUGUUCUUUUUGCCAUAGCUGUACCGCAUUUGUCAAGUUUAAGGGCUUGGUUGGCGGCUUCAACAUUCUUCAGUCUAGUCUAUAUCACUAUAACCUUUGUUUUAUCUCUUAAAGACGGAAUGAGUGCUCCACCUAGGGACUAUGGCCUUCCAGAGUCAAAAGCAAGCAGAGCUUUUGCAAUUAUUGGUGCAACAGGAAACCUUGUUUUUGCAUUUAACACUGGAAUGGUUCCAGAGAUCCAGGCUACUCUUAGACCACCUGUUGUCGACAACAUGUUGAAAGCCCUAUAUUUACAGUUUACUUUAGGCUCUGUGCCUGUUUUUGCCGUUACUUUUGUGGGGUAUUGGGCCUAUGGAUCAAGCUCAUCAUCCUAUUUGCUCAACAAUGUCAGUGGCCCAGUUUGGGUGAAGGCACUAGCCAACCUUGCUGCUUUCUUGCAAUCCAUCAUAUCUUUACAUAUAUUUGCAAGUCCAACAUAUGAAUUCCUGGAUACCAAAUAUGGAUUCAAAGGAAGUGCAGUCGAUUUUCGGAACGUGGUAUUCAGAACAAUAGUCAGAGGUGGUUAUCUAGCAAUUACUACGUUAUUGUCAGCUCUGUUACCUUUCCUUGGAGAUUUCAUGAGCCUCACAGGUGCUAUCAGCACAUUUCCACUCACAUUUAUUCUCCCUAACCACAUGUACCUUGUUGCCAUGGAAAAGCAGCUGGCUUCACUACAAAAGAAGUGGCAUUGGCUAAAUAUUGUCUUCUUUGGUUUCGCAUCUGCAACUGUUUUAGUAGCUGCGUUCAGGCUCAUUGCAGUGGACUCAAAAACUUAUCAUAUGUUUGCAGAUCUGUAACUCUUUAUGUGCUACUUAUAUGAUGAAAAUGUUUUGUUCUUAUUUGGGGACUUCAAGUAUUUUUCUAGUAAUGACAAACUUUUCAAUUGA